GAAUACGUGCAUGCGUGGCUCCGGAAGACGUCGCGUAACAAGCCGCUAGCUUUGCCUUCGUCGCUGCUACUGUGGUAUCAGUUAGCGCCAACGGCGAAAGCAGCAGGUUUGAGUCGUUACGAGCUUUGUGUGAUUUGAUAAAUUCUCCAGCUGUCGCCAAAAUGAUUUCCCUCACGGAUUCACAAAAAAUUGGGAUGGGGCUGACAGGGUUCGGAGUGUUUUUCCUCUUCUUUGGGAUGAUGCUGUUUUUUGAUAAAGCUCUCCUUGCCAUUGGAAAUAUUCUGUUUGUCUCGGGCUUGUCCUUCGUCAUCGGCCUGGAGCGAACGUUCAGGUUCUUCUUCCAGAAACACAAAGUAAAAGCCACCAGCUUCUUCCUGGGAGGAGUGUUAGUGGUUCUGAUCGGCUGGCCGAUCAUUGGAGUCGUUCUGGAGAUCUACGGUUUCUUCCUCUUAUUCAGAGGAUUCUUCCCGGUGGCAGUAGGCUUCAUCAGACGUGUACCUGUUCUCGGGUCUUUGCUCGGCCUACCAGGGAUCAGUACGGUGGUGGAUAAAAUUGGCGAGAGCAACACUAUGGUAUAACAGUGGGCCGUGUUCGUAUUGGAGGAGAGUUUCAGUAUUUAUCAUAGUUUCUAAUAGUGACUGUAUAUUUUGGUCUUUGCCACUCCAGAACUGUGAAUCCAAACAUUUUUCUGCACAAAAGACACAAGUGUAUCUGUGGACGUUUGACACACAUGAUGUUUUGUAUCUGACUGCCACUUGAACGACGUUACCAAGAGAUUGUUUUUAUUUUAAAAGCUGGAAGUCUCCCGUUUUGUAUCAUUCCAGUCUGAUAUUUAUGGACUGAUAAGUCGGGACCACUGGAUUAACUCAGCGGAGAGUCAGGAGCUCUUAACAGUGUCCACUCCUCCAGAUUGUGUGCCUGAACAGUCACUGAGAGCUUUUUUUCCCCCUCAAUGAAGUGUUACUGGAAUUUUGUACAGUAAAAAUAAAUAAUGUUGAGCUAAAUGUUACUUGUGCAAAGAAUCCUGUUGUGUGAAAAGGCUUAAGAGGAUUGUUAUGGAGAUGUUUUACUGUAACUUUUGUAAGUGCAUACUUGAAAUAAAGUGUGUCUUUUAUAAA